AUUACGUUACGUGGCCUAUAUUGACGUAUGAGGCCUGACGUUGCUGGCCCGCCGCUGAAGUCUUCUGAAUUAGCAAGGAGAAGAUGGCAGCGUCCGUGUGUCGAGCCGGGAGUACUGUAGGGCGAGUUCUCGCCAAAUCUCGUAGCCCACUUCUGCUCUCCUUGAGACGUGGCCAGGCUUCAGUCUCAUAUGCUCAAAGCAUCUUGGGAGCCCCUGACACUCGUCUGUCUUCUCUUGAAAAUGGUCUUCGGGUGGCAUCUGAGGAGACUGGACAGGCUACAUGCACGGUUGGACUGUGGAUAAGCUCUGGGAGUCGCUAUGAGUCUGAAAAGAACAAUGGUGCAGGGUUUUUAUUGGAACACAUGGCUUUCAAGGGAACAAAACAGCACCCUCAGAGUGCCCUGGAGGCCGAAGUCGAGGCUAUGGGGGCCCACUUGAGUGCAUACACUUCCCGGGAGCACACGGCAUACUACAUGAAGACCUUAUCCAAGGACCUGCCCAAAGCUGUGGCGCUUCUGUCAGAGGUGGUGCAGAGCAACUCCUUGAGUGAGGCUGAGCUGGAAGCGCAGAGGAGCGUGGUGCUCCGUGAGCUGGAGGAGGUGGAGACCAGCCUGCAGGACGUGUGCCUGGACCUGCUGCACGCCACCGCCUUCCAGGGCACCCCACUGGGACACAGCGCCCUUGGACCGUCCGUCAACGCCAGAACUCUGACUCGCCAGGACUUGGUGGAGUACAUCAACAGCCACUAUAAAGCUCCCCGUAUGGUGCUGGCCGCAGCUGGAGGAGUAAACCAUGAUGAGCUGGUGGGUUUGGCCCAGAAGCACCUGAGCGGCGUCUCCUUCGAGUACGAGGACGAUGCCGUGCCAGUGCUGUCUCCCUGCCGCUUCACAGGAAGUGAGAUCCGUAUGCGUGACGAUGCGAUGCCCCUGGCACACAUUGCCAUUGCGGUAGAGGGAGCUGGUGCCGCCAGCCCAGAUUGUGUGCCCCUCAUGGUGGCUAACAGCAUCAUUGGCAGCUAUGAUGUCACUUUUGGUGGAGGAAAGCACCUCAGCAGCCGUCUGGCGCGGCUGUCCGCUGAGCUUGGCCUGUGCCAGAGCUUCCAGGCCUUCCACUCCACCUACAGCGACACGGGCCUGCUGGGCAUCUACUUCGUCACUGACAGAAACAACAUCGAGGACAUGAUGCACUGGUCUCAAAAUGCCUGGAUGAACCUGUGCACCACAGUCACAGAGAGUGAUGUUGCCCGGGCCAAGAACCUCCUUAAGGCCAGCCUGGUGGGACAGCUGAACGGCACAACUCCCAUGUGUGACGACAUCGGAAGGCACAUUCUGAACUACGGCCGCCGCAUCCCACUGGCUGAGUGGGAUGCCAGGAUUGAUGAAGUGACGCCGAGGAUGGUCCGUGAUGUCUGUUCCAAAUAUAUCUACGACAAGUGUCCCGCUGUCGCCGCAGUUGGUCCCGUGGAACAGCUGCCCGACUACAACAGAAUGCGCAGCGCCAUGUACUGGCUCCGCUUCUAGAAAAGCCCUGAAGACCAGAGUGUUUGUCCUCAUGUUUGCCGUCAAGCUCACACUGUUUCUCCCCUUCUCUCUUUCUUUUUCUCUCUCUCUCCCUCUGAAGCCCUGCUAGUCCAUCCUCCUGAUCCUCCCCCCGCCCUCCAUAUUAUCUAAGAAGGGGGAGGGUUUAACAUCAAUAAAUUAGUCUGUGAACGAAAAAAGAACAAUAAGUUCCCCUUUUUGUUUCUGUCACUCAUGUCUAUGUCUGAUGGCAAAGAAAUGAAACAGAACAUGAAGUGGGGGCUGUGUCAAGCAUACCAAGUUCAGUUGUUUUUGUUUUGUUUCCCACCAACCAGUCAUUACCUCACUAUAAUGAUUGUAUAUCCUAACAACAGACUUGAUGUGGUCAAAGAGAGUACGUUCAUUUAGAGCAUCAUGAGAAGGGAGAGAGAAGGGGACAUGUGGUACAUGUGGCUAUAUAACAAAAGUGAUCAGGGCACUGUACCAGUUUCACACAGAGCCAAAUUAUUUAUGAACUGAUAUGAUGUUUUGUUUCUGUCUUCUAUUGUACAUAACAGGAGCUCUCAUUCCAAUAAAAUACUUCAGAAUGGUC